GCGGCGGUCUCGCACAAGUGACAUUUGUGCGGCUUGCCAGGCUUUGUCCCCUUUGAGCCUCCCAGCGGCCCGGGGUGGGGGGAGGGGGAGAGGCUCGGCAAGGGAGGGAACGCGAGCCCCGACGUCACGUAGCUAGGAAGCUGUCCCGCCAGGCAGGAACCUGGGGCUUCCCGAGCCGGAGCCCUGUACUGCCCUCCUCCAGCCAGGGCUGGGCCAGGGCUGACUCAAAGCAGGGGGCAGAGGGAGCCCCCAUCCCCUGAAAUAGCAGGACAGGAGCUGGAAGAUAGGAAUUUCCACUUAAGAGGCCCCAGGAAUAGCCAUGGGUUGGGGUGUCACAUACAAAUUAGAUAAUUUGGGGGCACUGGGUAGUGGGUAUCCACUAUUUAAGCAGAACAGUAUCUCUCAAAUAUUUAGUGUAGUUGUAACACUAGUCUGGGACCAUCUGAGUUUUGCUCUUGGAGCACUGAGUUUGGAGUCACAGGAACUGGUUUUGAAUUCCAUCUCUUACCACCUGUGCAAAGUCACUUCUCAUAUCCUCAGCUUCCUCAUCUUUAAAAUGAGGAUGACCUCCGAGGUCUGUGAUCCCUUCAAGGCUCAGCCCCAGACCAGAGAGGCCUCAACCAGGGGGCUGGCUGGGGAAUAUAAUUGUUAUUAUAUAGCCCUUUUAAGUUUUGCAAAGUAGUUUACACAAGUUAUCUCAUUUGAAAGGGGCUCCACCCAGGCUAGAAUUGCUACUUGGAGUGCCAGCUGAUAUUGAUAGGGCUCAUUUUUAGGCUGGCACUCUGAGCACCUAGGGUGGGGGGAGGCUGGGCUGCCAUCGCCUGCAUAGGCUUCUUAGCAAAGGAGAAUUUGUAGUUUCCACAGGAGAGAAAAGGAAGCCCUUGGAGGAGUGGGUUCUCCCCACCAGAACUGACACAUAGAGCCUGAUCACCAUCCCCUCACCCUCACUCCCAGGUGCAUGAUGCCAGGCGGUGGCAAUGUUUUUCUAGAGGCUGAUGAAGCCAGUGUCUGGGCAUAGCAGGGGUGUUCCCUGUGCCCAUUCUCUCCCCCUCCUGUCCACACGCCCUGGGGGGGCUGGCUAUGCGGUGAUGUAUGCCACGGAGUGCAAGGCGGAGGUGACACCCUCCCAACAUGGCAACCGGACCUUCAGCUAUACCUUAGAGGACCACACCAAACAGGCCUUUGGCAUCAUGAAUGAGCUACGGCUAAGCCAGCAGCUAUGUGAUGUGACCCUGCAGGUCAAAUAUGAGGAUCAGCCUGCUGCCCAAUUUAUGGCUCACAAGGUAGUACUCGCCUCCUCCAGCCCAGUUUUCAAGGCCAUGUUCACCAACGGGUUGCGGGAACAGGGCAUGGAAGUGGUCUCUAUUGAGGGCAUCCACCCCAAGGUGAUGGAACGACUCAUAGAGUUUGCCUACACCGCCUCCAUCUCCAUGGGGGAGAAAUGUGUGCUGCAUUUGAUGAAUGGGGCUGUCAUGUACCAGAUUGACAGUGUAGUGCGGGCCUGCAGUGACUUUUUGGUGCAGCAGCUGGACCCCAGCAAUGCCAUUGGCAUUGCCAACUUUGCUGAGCAAAUUGGCUGUGCAGAGCUCCAUCAGCGUGCCCGGGAGUACAUCUAUAUGCACUUUGGGGAGGUAGCAAAGCAGGAGGAAUUCUUUAACCUGUCCCACUGCCAGCUGGUCACACUCAUCAGUCGGGAUGAUCUCAAUGUGCGUUGUGAGUCCGAGGUCUUCCACGCCUGCAUCAAUUGGAUCAAAUAUGACUGCGAGCACCGCCGCUUCUACGUUCAGGCCCUUCUGCGCGCGGUCCGUUGCCAUUCCCUCACUCCCCACUUCCUGCAAAUGCAGCUGCAGAAAUGUGAGAUCCUCCAGUCAGAUUCACGUUGUAAGGACUACCUGGUUAAGAUCUUUCAGGACCUCACCCUGCACAAGCCCACCCAGGUGAUGCCCUGCCGGGCACCCAAGGUGGGUCAGCUCAUCUACACAGCAGGAGGCUACUUCCGCCAAUCACUGAGCUACCUGGAGGCCUACAACCCUUGUGAUGGCACUUGGCUCCGCCUUGCAGACCUACAGGUGCCCCGAAGUGGCCUAGCGGGCUGUGUGGUGGGUGGCCUGCUGUAUGCUGUGGGGGGAAGGAACAAUUCCCCGGAUGGCAACACAGACUCCAAUGCCCUUGACUGCUACAAUCCUAUGACUAAUCAGUGGUCCCCCUGUGCACCCAUGAGUGUGCCCCGGAAUCGUAUUGGUGUUGGUGUCAUCGAUGGCCUCAUCUAUGCGGUUGGGGGCUCCCAUGGCUGCAUUCACCACAAUAGUGUGGAGAGGUACGAGCCAGAACGGGAUGAAUGGCACUUAGUAGCACCCAUGCUGACACAAAGGAUUGGGGUGGGAGUGGCUGUCCUGAAUCGCCUACUCUAUGCAGUUGGUGGCUUUGAUGGGACAAACCGCCUCAAUUCUGCUGAGUGCUACUACCCAGAGAGGAAUGAGUGGCGGAUGAUCACGCCUAUGAACACCAUCCGAAGUGGGGCAGGGGUCUGUGCUCUGAACAACUGCAUCUAUGCCACAGGAGGCUAUGAUGGCACCGACCAGUUAAACACUAUGGAAAGAUAUGAUGUGGAAACAGAGACCUGGACUUUUGUGGCCCCCAUGAAACAUCGACGGAGUGCACUUGGAGUCACCGUGCAUCAGGGAAAAAUCUAUGUCCUUGGUGGUUAUGAUGGACACACAUUUCUGGACAGUGUGGAAUGCUAUGACCCAGCCACAGACACAUGGAGUGAGGUGACACACAUGACCUCUGGCCGCAGUGGGGUGGGGGUAGCUGUAACUAUGGAGCCUUGUCGAAAGCAGAUUGACCAACAGAACUGCACCUGUUAAAAGAUUUUUAUCUCUUUGGCAAAAUUGUCAGGUUGGGUUUUUUGUAUGAAAAUGAAAAACAAAGCAAAAAAUUCAUUUCCAAGACCACAGGCUAGAAUAACAAGUCAGUGUUAAAAUAACAAAGCAGAAGAAGCCAUCACAGGAACCUUUGAUUUUGCCACUUUUGGCCCUGAAAACAUUAGAAAAAUGUGUUGCCAGGGCCCACUGGCUUAGGAGGAGUUUGGCAAGGGGAGGAUUCUUAGGAGUGGGGCACUGGCAUCCAGUGCACCUAUAAGAGGGCCUGCCUGCUGAAGGGAACUGCUUCUAGGAGGGAGGCCAGCAUCAGCUAUUACUCCCCCUUGGAGGUGGGAGUAGGACCCAGACCACAGCCACAGAAUCCAGCUCUUCAUUCCUGAAGCUCCUGUGCUGAGCAAGAAGGGUUUGGUACCAGGAUGCUGGCAUGAACACUGGGGGUGGGUGGGCUUGUACACAGAAGUCCUGGGCUAGAUUUUCUCCAGGCUCUCUACAGUUAUUAUGGUAAGUUCCCUUGUAAUGUUCAAACUGAAAUAAAGAUGAGACUAACUAGU